AUGAUUAUUGGAUAUUCCUGUAAAGAUGAUCCUAAUUGCAUAAGAUGUUUUGAGAGUGGAUGUUCAGAUUGUGCAGGUAACUAUUUUUUAAAUUCUUCAAAGUAAUGUGAAAAAUGUUAUGAUCCUAAUUGUGUUACUUGUUAUGGAAAACGUUAGAGAGAUUGCUGGAUUUGUGGUUAUGAAAAGCGAUAUCUUUUAUUAGAUGAUUAUUCUUGUACUGAUUGUAAUUUAGAUGGAUAUUAUAAAACAGUUUAAGCUUGUAAGAAAUGCCUUCCUUAAUGCAAAAAUUGUGAAAUUAAUAAUUAUCUUUGUACUUCUUGUGAAUCUGGUUAUUUUUUUUAAGGAUAUACUUGUUUUAAGUGCAUUCCUAACUGCCAAAAUUGUAAUAAUGCAAUCACUUGUUAAUUAUGUCAAUCAGGUUAUUUUUUGAAAGGAUAUUCUUGUAUUGAAUGCAUUCCUAACUGCCAAAAUUGUAAUAAUGAAACCACUUGUGAAUUAUGUUAAUCUGGUUAUCAUAUUCAUGAAUAAACCAACUAGUGUGUUAUUUGUUCAUAAUAGUCAGGAUAUUACAUUUCUGGAAAAUAUUGUAAAUAAUGUAAUGUAGCUUGUAAAGAAUGCUCAGGACCUACUGAUUUAGAUUGUACUAUAUGUAACUAAUUUUAUUUCCAAAUCGAUAAAACUACAAAACGUUGUUAAAUUUGUCCUAAUAACGCAUAUCUAAGCUCCUCUAACUAAGAUUCUAAUUAAAAUUAUUGCUUAGUAUGCAGCUGUUAGUAAUGCGAAAGUGGACACAUAUUAUUUAAUUUAAAAUAAUGUACAUAGAGCUGUGAAUCUGUAGGUAGUAACUAUAUUUAUGAUUCUUUAACAAACACCUGUACAUGUUAAUAAGGGUAUAAUUAUCUUGUUAGAAAUCCUUAUAAAAAUAAUUUCGAUUGCUCAAACGGUAAAGGCUAUGGAUACUUCUGUGAUUCUCAUAACAUCUGCUUCUAGUGCAGCUAAAACUGUAGUUCCUGUACCGAUAUUCAAACAUGCAUAAAAUGUAAUGAAGGAAGUUAUUUAUGGCAGAAUGCUUGUUCAUAAAACUGUUUUCCAGAUUUAAAUAUUUUCCCCAAUACUUAAAAAGGAAUAUGUGAGUGCCCUGAAGGAUAUAACUUAGAGUAUCUUAAAAGUCCUGUUUAGGGAUAAAUGCUUUAAGAAAUAAUGGUGAGUGUAUUAUUUAUAUUUAUUGGAAUAACUAUUAAAGAAAUGUAAAAUACUGCUAAUGAAGAUAAGAGAAAAGUAAUUGAAGAAAGUAGAACUAGAAAUUUUAGUUCAUCUAGUAUUUAUCAAAAAAAGAGAUUAUUUAAAAACAACAUCUGA